AUGUCAAUUCGGUAUUCGCGACGGAUAAGUUCUAUAUUUUGGAUUUCCUUACAUAUCUGGUGCUUGUGUCUGUUUUAUCCAACUAUGGGUUGUGUACCUACACAAGGAACAACCACGACCACAACACCGUCGACAACUACCACAACUACCUCUGAAGAAACGACUGGUACCACUACCAUCGUUUAUACUACUUCAACUACAGCAACACCGAUAACUACCACAACUACAGAAACACCAACAACUACCACAACCACAGAAACACCGACAACUACCACCACUACAGAAACCACAACUACAACCACUACAGUUCCUGCGAACUGCUGUCCAGCGCUGACACAGACUCUGACAACGAGUGAAUUCCCCGAUGGUCUAAUGACCUUCACUUACGAUGACGAUGCAUGUCGUACAACGGUGGUAGCAACAUGCUCGCAAACUGAUCCAGCAUUCGACUUAUACGCCGGAAUUGUUGCAAAUGGACAAUACUUUCUUGAUUAUGGUCCCAAUACCAUAAGUUUUCCGGGCACAUGUAAUCCAACACUUCAGCAAUGGGAGAUGGGAGAACCGCCACUUCUUAUCACUUCGCUAGAAUGUCGACUUACAAACCCACCGUCCGGAUAG